UCUUCCUUUCUUCUUUUUCUUUUUCUUUCUUCCUCUAUGUUUGCUGGGUUCCACCGAACCCAGAUCAGUUGGGUUCGAGGAACCCAGCAACUGGGUUCCACCGAACCCAGCUCAGGUUCGAUGACCGGGUUCGAGGAACCCAGCAAUUGGGUUCCAUCGAACCCAGUUGCUGGCUGGGUUCGGUGGAACCCAGUUGCUGGGUUCCACCGAACCCAACUCGGAUUCGAUGACCGGGUUCGAGCUGGGUUCGAGGAACCCAACAACUGGGUUCCACUGAACCCAGCUCGGAAAAACAUUUUCGAGGAUGCAUGUAGCAGUUUCAUUUUGAUUCAUGUCUUGAAACAGAUUCAACAAGAUUAUAUGCUUCACUUUCCAAAAUGCGAGGAGCAGUUGGAGAUAGAGAAUGUGAACAAGAAAAAAAAAAAAUGCCAAAAGAAAAGUGCCUCUGUUCUUUGUCUUGGAAAAGCUGUGGUGGAAAUUCACUGAGGCCCAUAGGGUGUCUUCAAGCAUAUGUGUUUCAUUAUCCGAACCUGUACCUAUUUCAUUCUCAUUUGUUCUCAAUUUUCUUCUUGUAUAAUUUGUUUUCUCUCUUUCUUUGUGUGCUGUUAUUUGAUGGUUUGAAGAUGAUUUUGUAACACUAAAUUGAUAUGGUGGAGCUAUUUUUUAUGGAUCACAAGUCCCGUGAUUUUUACUCUUCUAUUUGAAGAGGUUUUCCAUGUAAAAAUUGUGCGUCUCUUAUGCGUGUUUGUUUGCUUU